CGCGCGCACUUCUAUAACUCCGCCCAGCAUAGUCGAAUCCUGUGGUGCGCACGCGCGUCUGUGUCAGAGCAUUUUACCUUUGCACAAGGAAGGCGCAUGUAGGCCUCCGGAUCAGGAGAUUGAAAGAAUCUGGUUGCCUGCUGAAGCGAAUGAAACCGAGAGAGGGAGGAACAUACAUGAAAAAAUAGUGUUCACCUGUAAAUAUAUAACGCAUAUAAUUAAGCAAAAUGCCCAACAAGGAAAAAGGAUCAGAAGUACAUAUUUGAUCUUGUAAAAAGACUUGAAGGUGAAGGCAUUGAAAAACUACGCGAGUUGGUUGUAAACACCACGAAAGAAAUAAUGAAUCCAGGACCAGCCGGUUUUGGUUUUAAAUACCAUUUUGAAGAUGAUGCCUAUGAUGUGGAUGAUAGUAAUGAUGAAUGUAGUGAAAGUGAAUAUUGCUAUUCUGAUUAUGAUCCUGAUUAUGCACAGAGAUCCACAUACUGUGGAUUUCCAAGAGCGUUUCUAGACCCACAUCACAGGCCAAGGAGCUUGGAUAUGAAUUUACCUUUCAAUUAUAAAAUGGGUGUUACAGCUGAGGAAGCAGAAAAAAAUGCAAAAGAAUUAGUAGAUGAGGAAGAAAGAGUUAAACAAAAAGCUGAAAAGAAAAGGCUUAAGAAAAAGAGACAAAAAGAGAGAAAGAGACAAGAGAAAUUAGAAAAAGAAAAUAAAAAUGAAGCAAAUUGUCUUGCUGAAACAUUAUUGAAUGUCAAUAUCGCAGAUAGUGAUGAAGAGAAGAAUAAAUCAAAUAAAAAAGAUGCUAGUAUGUUGUCUGCAAAAAUACCACCUGAAUCUUCAGAGAAACAUAAAGCAAUAAAUGGAAAUGAAUCUAGUAAUGAGGAUGGCAGUAAAGAAGAAAGCUGGGAGGAGGAAUCUGAGGAUCAGCUGGAUUUGACCUGCAGCUUUGUAUCGAAAGCUGCCAGCAUCGCAAAACGUAAAAUGGAAUUAAAACCUAAAACUGAGAAGAAAGAAAAAAAGAAAAAGCCUGAAAAGGAUACAGACAUGAAACAAGUUGUGAAGAAGGAGAUACAAGAGAAUGGCAAUGAAGACAGUGAUGCAAUUUUAGUUAAGAGUUUCGAACUAGCAGUUAUAGGUAAUCAGUUGGCCAGUAGUGGUCGCUUUGAACUUGCUGUGUCAUAUUUCACCGAUGCAAUCAAGUUUAAUCCAAAGGAGUAUAGACUCUUCGGUAAUCGGUCUUUCUGCUAUGAGAGACUGAUGCAAUACGAUAAAGCUCUAAAUGAUGCAGAAAUAUCCCUCAGCAUGUGUUCCUCUUGGACAAAAGGAUACUUUAGAAAAGGAAAAGCAUUAGCUGGACUGAAGAGAUAUGCUGAAGCAGUAAUUGCUUUAAAAGAAGUGUUAAAACUUGAUAACACGUGUGCUGAUGCAGCUCAGGAGCUGAUGAGAGUCCAAAUUAUCCAGUUGAUGGAAAUGGGCUUCACUCGAGAACAGAGUACAAAUGCUUUAAUAAUCCAUGGGACAGUUCAUAAGGCACUAGAAGCACUGUACAACAUCCAUGAAGGGAAUCAUCUUGUAAUAAAAGAAAACGCUGUUGUAGCUGGAAAUGGCCAUGCUGUGGAAGAGGAGUGGGUAGUGAGUGGAAGAAAAGUCCACUGUGCUACGAAGUCUGUGCCACGACCCGAAGUACCCCAGACCACACAACUAAAACCUGUGCUUCAACCAAGUGCUACCCAAGCAAACAUACAGCCUGGAGAGCAGCCUAUAUGGGUAGGAAAUGUGACUAAUUCUAUAUCACAGACACAACUGCUGCGCAUCUUUAACUCGGCUGGUCCAAUCAACAGUGUUAAGAUGCUCUAUGAUAGACACUGUGCCUUUGUUAACUACUCGAACAAGGAAGCUGCAGAACGGGCCAUCCAAACACUCCAGGGCUUGGAAAUUGAAGGAACCAAGCUAAUUAUCCGUUAUCCUGAUAACUCUUAUAAAAAUCAAGGAAGGGCAAACGUACCCUCUGCUGUUAAGAAGAUUGCUGCUGCACAGCCUGCUAAACCCGUAGUUGUGGGGAAGGCUGUUGGAGAGUGUGUUUUCUGGAGGACUGCAGGGUGCACGAAAAAAGAAAAGUGUCCUUAUAAACAUGUUCCUGAAAACAAGGGUAUAGAUAGAAAAAAGAAGCAGCACACAACUUCACUAGAAUGACUUUCGAUCUCUGUACUACCUGGGAAAUGUGUAUGAAACAGUCUGCUUUUUCAUCUAUAUAGAAGAUAUUCAUUUAAUACAUGUAUCUAGAAAAUAUACAUAGGACACCUGUAUUCCAAAGUGAAACAACCCACAGUGUUAAUUUUAUAUCAACUUUUGAUGCAUUUUUAAAAUGUAUUUUUUUUUAAUGUUUUAAUUUGUCUUGAAAUUUUAUAUUGAAUUGGAGGCCCACUUACUAAAGGGGAACUAACCAAGCAACUAUUUUGUAACCUACGGUGCCCGGGAGGGGACAUGUGAAAUAUAUUAUCUAUAUGUCUUGCUAUCAAUUUUUUUUUUUUUUUUCCUCUCAUGUCUCUCCCGGGCUCCGUAGUAACACACAUUCUGACUUUUUUAAAUAAAUAAAUGAAUCUUCAUAUUGGCACUGGGUUUGGCUCACUUCUGGGUAUGUAGGUGUCCAAGUCAUUUGCUUUGGGUUAGGUAAUUUUUUUAUGCUAGCCUUAAUGUAAUUAUUCUAUGUGAUGUUUGUGUCCAAUAAUGAUUCUGAGCAUUUCGACCUACACACAGAUUUACGCUAUCUCUUGUUGAUUCCAGUUAAUUUCAGUGGUGUAUAACAAAAUCCUUCUUGACUAUGAACACAGCCCUGUAUCUUUUUGGAAAGUCUCACAAUUAUGUACUUUUUUUUUGUUAGUUAAUUGGCAAACACUAGUGGGAUGUACAUUUUGAUCUUAACUUCCAUCAGAUUUUUUGGUUAUGAUUUUAGUUUUCAAAAUGAUCACCCAAUUUGGUGUUCUGUCUUGAAAUUAGAUGUAAAGGGAAAUGUUGGUGUGACUUGAACAUCAAGGGCAUUCCAAGCUUCAAUGUAUAUUUCAAAGUUGAGUAGAUCUUUUUAAUUUUUUACAGGUAUACAAAUUCUAAAUGUAGUAUUUUAUCAGGUCCAUGUUGAUGCAGCAUGCUCCUUGACUGUCCAUGGUUUUGUAUGUUGUUUCUCUUGAACCAUCCAGUGAAUUUGCCCAAAAGUGGAGAAAAGUAUAGAGGAGAGGCCUUCCCAUGUUAAUCUGGAAAAGCCAUGCACAUUUAAUUCUCAACACGGUUAUUGGCUAAUUUGUAUAUAGAUCAGUAUUACUUUUUUUUGAAGAAUUUUCUUGUCAUCACAGAAUUAAGAUAAUUUUUCAAUUGAAUUGUGCUGCAUUGUAGGUUGCAAAUUAGUCUGACACCCAGUGACUAAAGAAUAUAGUUAGUGUGGUAUGACUUUAAUUCAUUAAAAAAUGAAUUGGCAACCAAUUGGUAACUAGCAUCCUUGUCAAAAAUAAAUAUUACCACAAGACAUUCACACCAUUGACUGCUUUAAAUGUUUCAAACUUAAUGAAUAGAUAGAAUAUGUGGCCAAAAAAAAAGUGGAGCUUGCCGUUUACAGAGACAAUACGUUUUAAAGGUCUCUUUGUAGGGCCAUUCUUCUAUUACAGAAUUCCUCACUGAAUUUGAAUUUAAGACCUGUUCUAGUACAAAAUAGGUAGACCACUUGGAAUAACAAAUGUUUGUGCAUCUGUUGCUAAAGACUUUCCCCAAACUAAGGCGUUUGGCAAAAGCAGAAACAAAUUGCUGAAUACUACUUUUAAUUGUUAUUUUUAAAUGGGGUUUGACAUUCGCCUUGAAUUUGCAGAUGUUCUGCAGCAUAUUCAGUUAUUUUUUUCAAAUUCAAAUCAAUGCUUCAAAGUUGGCAAUUGCAGACAAAAAAGUUAACCGCAAAAACUGUAAGAAUGUUUAUUUGUUAUGUCACACACAAAAAAAAUAAAUAAAAAUGUCAAAUCAAACAA